GCUACUUAGCUGUUCAAAAACAGUUGGAGCACGUUUCAAAUGUUAAGUUGUGUAACUUCGUAGAAAGCGCCCAAAAUAACGUCUACCGGUUGAUAGUUUCAUUCCAUUCACAAUGCCUGGAUCGCUCCCUGCAAGCUAUGUGGCAACUUGGCCCAAAGACGUGGGCAUCAUCGCAAUGGAGGUCUACAUUCCCUCCCAGUAUGUAGACCAGGCGGAACUGGAGGAGUUUGACGGCGUCGGAGCUGGAAAGUACACUGUCGGUCUUGGCCAGGCGCGAAUGGGAUUUUGUUCGGACCGGGAGGACAUAAAUUCUCUCUGUCUGACUGUGGUGCAGCGACUUAUGGAGAGGAACUGCCUGUCAUACAACAGUGUGGGAAGGCUAGAGGUGGGCACAGAAACCAUUAUUGACAAGUCGAAGUCUGUGAAGACUGUCCUAAUGCAGCUCUUUGAGGAGUCGGGCAACACUGACGUGGAGGGCAUCGACACUACUAACGCGUGCUACGGAGGCACUGCUGCCCUUUUUAAUGCCGUGAACUGGGUGGAGUCCAGUUCCUGGGAUGGUCGCUAUGCUCUGGUUGUGGCAGGAGACAUCGCUGUGUAUGCCACAGGCAGCGCUAGGCCAACAGGAGGGGCAGGGGCAGUUGCCAUGUUGGUAGGGCCCAAUGCUCCUCUGGCAUUCGAGCGAGGUCUGCGAGGGACCCAUAUGCAACAUGCUUAUGAUUUUUAUAAGCCUGACAUGGUGUCCGAGUACCCUGUGGUAGAUGGCAAGCUCUCCAUCCAGUGCUACCUCAGUGCAUUAGACAGAUGCUACUCAGUCUACCGCAAUAAGAUCCAAGCCCAGUGGCAAAGAGAGGGUCUCGAGAGGCGUUUCUGUCUGAAUGACUUUGGCUUCAUGGUCUUCCACUCUCCCUACUGUAAACUGGUUCAGAAGUCUUUGGCCCGUCUCCUGCUUAAUGAUUUCCUGUCUCAUCCCAACCCCAACUUGGAGAGUGGCCCAUAUAGUGGCCUGGAAGCCUUCAGGGACGUGAAGGUCGAGGACACGUAUUUCGACCGUAACGUGGAGAAGGCCUUCAUGAAAGCCAGCUCGGAGAUGUUUGAGCAGAAAACCAAGGCCUCCCUCCUCAUCUCUAAUCAGAACGGCAACAUGUACACCCCAUCUGUGUAUGGCUGCCUGGCAUCUGUUCUAGCACAACACACGCCUCAGCAGCUGGUGAGUCAGAGAAUCGGUGUGUUCUCUUAUGGCUCGGGCUUCGCUGCAACACUCUACUCAAUCAGGGUCACACAGGAUGCUACACCUGGCUCUAUGCUGGAUAAACUUGUUUCCAGCCUGUCAGAUCUGCAGGUCCAACUGGACACCAGGAAAAAGGUUCCUCCUGCUGUAUUUGCUGAGAACAUGAAGCUGAGAGAGGAGACUCAUCACUUGGCAAACUACAUCCCCCAGGGUUCAGUGGACGACCUGUACCCAGGAACAUGGUACCUGACCUGCGUGGACGAUAAGCACCGCAGGUAUUAUGCCAGAUGCUCUCUAGACGAGCACGGGCCCCCGCAGGCAGGACCUAUCAAUUGUGUUACCACAAGUGAGCACAUCCCCAGCCCUGUCAAAAAGAUGCCCCGCAUUCCAGCAACCACAGCUACCCCGGAGACAAUUGUCCUUAGUAAUGGUGAUCACUGAUGUUGACCUCCAUGAGGUACACGGGUCCGCGGGUGACGGCCAGGAUGCAGAAUAUGGACAAAUUUAGAACCAGUGAAAGGAGAAUGGAACAGCUUCUGCCUUACCAUUUGAGGCAUGUUAAUGAAUUAUGUGAGAAGCACAUAUAUUUUUAAAGUGUUGCUGGAUGGGUCUGGUUACUCUGGCACUAUGUAAGAUAUUCUUUUUUUUUUUUUCCUUUUUUAAACAACGGUGGCUUCACAUUAUUCAAAUUAGGAUGUGAAGAGGUUUCUCUGUGGUAGCACCUAUCCUGCUGACACAGUUUUGAGAUACUAAUGGACACAUACUGGCAAACGCCCCAUAAAAGUCUGCUGCUAUGAUCUGAUGAUCUAUGCAGAGGUAGAAAAAGAAAAUUCCAAAGAAUCCUGUCUGGCAUUAUCCAGUUGGAAUCUUCAGACACUUUUGUUCUUGUGUUUGAACACAUGAACAAAGAUGUCUGAGGGCAGAUUACAGAAUCCCAUGGUAGGUACAUGAGGAUUUGGAGUUUUUUGUUUUAGUUCUCCCUCUAUUUUUCAGUGAUCAAAUGCUGCUUGUCUGUCUCAGCCCACACUGCUGCCAUUUCUGUAGAACUGGAUUGUACGUUAGCGUUGGUGUCCGAUAUACGUCGUGGCUUUCUUAUUUUUGUCAUCUUUUUAAAUAAUCAUUUUAUAUUGUUUGUGUCACCGUGACCAAUAUUGAGGGAUGUAAACUUAAGGGAAUACUCCUUUUUUAAACCCAAAUGUUAAUGGUCAUUGCCAACACCCUAGAAAAAAAACUACAUAAUUCUAUAUAUGAUGUGAUCUAGUAGACACCCAUGAUUCACUUACCAUCACUAAUUCAGCAGGGAGAGAAUAUUUGCCUACUGAAAAGUAUAAAUACCUGCUGUCCCAUUAGUAAUUUAGAUCACUUUAGAUUCUCGCACAGCCUGUUGUUGCUUUGCGGUUGAUUGUCUGUAAAUAAUUAGCACUUAAAUCAAGUAAACUGAGGAUAAACAAAUGUUAAGGUUUCAUCAAAAACAGAAGAGACUGUUCUACAUUGAGUUGUAGAAUAUGGAGAUAACCGAAAGUGAAAUUUGUCCUUAAAACAACUUGUACUUCAUGUACAAGUCCGCUGUACCUGUGAAAUAUUGCUGUUGGUUUGUUCCAGUUUCUAACAUCGUUGGAACCACUAAAGCAGAAAUUAAGACAAACAAAUGCACAACCAUCAAGACUAUUCAAUGAAUCAGACUAAAUUUAGCCAUUGACAUGCCACCACUUUCUUGCGUUGACACUGACAUGUUCUUAACAAACCUAAACACAUUUCAGAUCAACUGCAUUUCAAACAAAGGUGUGAGUGUGAUUUGGUCGGUUUUCUUAGGCCCAUUGCCUUUGCUUGUCUAAACUGCCACAGAGCAGCUAAUUUUCAAACAAUGUCACAGCUGCAGUUAUUUAGUAAGUAAAACAGUAGCACUCCUCACAGUGGCCACCGAAGCAUCACAUUAACAGUCUGUCUGUCUUGGGUGGUCUUAGGAAAAGAAAAGGGCAACUCUAAUUCUAAAAAACUAAAAAAUUAAAAGGGCUUGUAAAGUACAAUUUGCCACAUACUGUGUCAGGUCAGCUGAUGGGACUCACGAAAGUAGACUGAUGAAACUGGAUGUUGGAGGACUUUGGUUUGAUUAUCUUACACACCUGUGAUGUCCCCCUGCAUGCUGAGCAAUGCACUUAGAAGUGAUGACAUAAAAAAAAAAAAAGGGUUUAAUGUACUCUGAACAUUUAAGAUGACCGCACUCUCAGACACUGCACUGGAGACACUUGUAAGUGCUGGGUUCAUCUGCAUUUCCUCAAGAAUAUCUUUCAGUAUAGUGCUGUUGGGUCCUGAUGAUGCAAACUGCUCAACCUCAAGAAGCCUUACUCUAAGCAUGUCGAAAAUAUUAUUGUAUGUAUGUGUGUGUGUGUGUGUGUGUGUGUGUG